AUGGUACAAGUCAAAGUGACAGAAGGAAUUCUUGAAGGGGAAUUGGUGAAUAAUGAUUUGGCCGGCAAGUUCUAUAGUUUUAAAGGAAUUCCCUAUGCGGCACCUCCACUUGGUGACUUAAGAUUUAAGGCACCUCAACCACCAAAGUCUUGGCAAGGCGUAAGGAGUGCAAUAAACCACGGUCCACAAUGUCCUCAAUAUAAUGUAAUAACAAAACAAGUUGAAGCCGGUAGUGAAGAUUGUUUAUAUCUCAACGUCUAUACACCUAAUUUAAAACCGUCUGUGCCUCUACCAGUUAUGAUAUGGAUUCAUGGAGGAUCUUUUUCUUGCGGUAAUGGAAACGAUGAUGUCUAUGGCCCUGAAUUUCUUAUAAGACAUGGAGUUAUUCUCGUUACAAUAAAUUACAGACUCGAAGUGCUUGGCUUCCUUUGUCUAGAUACUGAGGAUGUUCCAGGCAAUGCAGGAAUUAAAGAUCAAGUAGCGGCUAUGAGGUGGGUUAAGAAUAACAUUUCUAAUUUUGGUGGAGACCCGAAUAAUGUAACCCUCUUUGGACAAAGUGCUGGUGGUGCAUGCAUUACAUACCAUUGCGUAUCACCAAUGACAAAAGGGCUUUUUAAAAGAGCUAUAGCUCAGAGUGGUACUAUGGCAAACUGGUGGACACAAUCCUAUAAACCACGUGACAGGGCAAUUGCUCUAGCAAAAAGGUUAGGGUGCACAUCAGAAGACGAUAAAGAACUGUACAAGUUUUUCAUGGAACAACCGUGGGAAAAUCUUGUUGGUAUUCAAGUUUCAUUGACAUGGAAAGAAGCAGAAGUUGCAAAAGACGGAGUACUAACAAGAUUUUCAGUUGCAAGUGAAAAAAUAUUUCCAAAUGAAGAAACGUUUUUCACAGGGGAUGUAAUGGAUGCUAUAAAGAAUAAUAUUCACGAAGGAAUAGAAUUAAUUGUUGGGUUCAACGAAGACGAUGGAGUCAUAUGUUUUGCACUUAUAUAUGACAUUGAAAAAACUAUCAGCCUGGCUAAUAAUGAUGACAGUUAUUAUUUUAUACCCAUAGCCUUUGGACAAUCCUACUCAAAGGAUGAAUUAAAAGAUGUUGCAAAUGAAAUUAAAAAAAGAUAUACGCAAGGAAAAAUUAUCAGCAAAGAUAACUUAACGCCUUUAUCACAAUAUUAUUCAGCAGAUUCAUAUAGAUUUCAAAUAUUGCAGUUUGCAAAAUAUUUUGCAGCAAAAAAUAAAACCUAUUUUUAUUUAUUUUCAUGCGUUUCCGAAAGAAAUAUUUUUGCCAAAAUAUUCAAUGUCUCCCAUUAUUUCACGAAGAAUGUAGUUUGCCAUAAUGAUGAUAUUGCAUACCUUUUUCCCAUCAAAUCCGUUAAACAAAAUAUUUCGAAGACGUCAAACGCGUUUAAUUUGAUCCACAGAAUGACGAGCCUUUGGACUAAUUUCGCUAAAAAUGGAAACCCGACACCAGACACCAAGCUCGGUUGUAAUUGGCGACCGUUCAACGCUAAAACGCAAUCCUAUUUGAAUAUUGGAAACGAAUUGGCCAGAGAAAUGGCGCCGUGUAAAGAAGAAAUGCAGUUUUGGGAGCAAAUAUAUGAAAAAUACUUCAAAGAAAAGGUUUAUCGACCGGACAAAUAA